CAUCAGGCUUACAUAUUCACACCCGAAGGGCGGCCUUUAACAAAAAAUAAAGCUAAAAAUGAACAGAAAUCCAGUAAUGGACGACUUGGCCGAAUUUUGGAAAGCGGGAGAACCGUCGCCUCUCGGACAGGUGGGACUUGGACUGCGCGAAGCGAUUGAAACUAAGAAACGCUCUCCGUCUCAGACGAUUGAAUUUCCAGACGUUUACGACUGGAUAUGCCAUCUCGACCAGUCGACAUCACAGAACUAUAAGUACCUUCCGUUAAACGUUCAUCCUGGCAAAGCAGGUUCACUUUUCCUUGGAUCCCGAUUUACAGCUUCAAACAAAGUGUCUCUCUUUCUCUCGUCGGGUAUUGAUAAGCUUUUUGAUCUUGGAAUGUGCUCUACUGGGAUUGUUGGAGAAGAAUCACGUCAAAGGAACAAGUUUCGGGUAUUCUCGAACAUGUACACACGUGUGUAUUUUAAAGUCUUCGACCCAGAUCUUGCGAAGCUCGAGCAAAUGGACAUCCAGCUGGGCACAAUUGAAUCUACCAAAUUCAAGCAAGCAUUUAACUCUCUCUUUUCAGUUACCUGCUAUCAUUUUCUGGUGCAAUCCAGAUUUGAAAUCUGUGAAAGUGAAAUGCAAAAAUUGCCAUAUCAUAGAACAGAGGAGGUUCUGUCAAUCAUAGGACCUGGGUUUCCAGACGUUUACGACUGGUUAUGCCAUCUCGACCCGUCGACAUCACAGAAAUAUAAAUACCUUGCGCUAAACCUUCAUUGUGGCAAAGCAGGUUUGUUUUUACUUGUAUCCCGAUUUAUAGGUUCUAACAAAGUGUGCCUCUUUCUCUCGGCGGGUGCUGAUAAGCGUCUUCGUCUUGGAAUGUGCGAUACUGGGAUGGCUGGAGAAGAAUCACGUCAAAAGAAUACGUCUAGGCUAUUCUGGAAUCUGUGUGCACGUGUGUAUUUCAAUGCCUUCGACCCAGAUCUUGUGAAGCUCAGACAAUUGGACAUCGAGCUGGGCACAAUUGAAUGUGCCAAAUACAAACAAGCAUUUAACUCUCUCCUUUCAGUUGCCUGCUAUUCUUUUCUGGUGCAUUCGGGAUUAGAAAUCUCUGAAAGUGGACUGCAGAAAUUGCCUUGUCAUAGAGCAGAGGAUAUUCUGCCAAUCAUAGGAUCUGGUGCAACUGAUCGUCUGCUGCGGUGUUUGUCUACCGAGAUCACUUACAAGUGCGUACACGGCAAGAAUGAUAAUAAAGGGGGAAAUGAGUUGAGGAUAUCCUAUUGCAGUUCAAGUCUUCCGGGGUAUUGGAUCAUCAACAGUUACUGUCCAAUGUUGUCAAUGUCCAGAACGAGCAAGGGACAGUUUGCUGAUAGAAUCACCAGCGAUAAGCGACUCUACCACGCCUUGAAUUACCAGCAGCUGCAGUGUAUCCUUCAGUUCCGCCAUGCGGUUAACGUCUACAGAGACUUUAUUGAAGUUAAGCUGGAAAUCGAUAGUGUUGGAUGCGAUGUGAUUCGACUGCAUCCGCCACACGAGCCAAUUUCAACGAGCCUCGAAGGUGAGAGUCACUUUCCUGCAAGGAUAUGUAUAACUAUUGGGCCUCAGGUUGAAUCCCAUGUCCACUCUGUUUCAUUGACCAAAUCAUCCCAGAACCCCGUCACAAAUAUUGCGAGAGGGAAAGCCGUGGAGGCCACGUUUGAACCGCCCGAUUACGUCCCCGGCUUGAAGAUUUCCAAUGGAAUGGCUUCCCAAAUUAGCAUCAAGAGUUGGGUUUUUGAGCAGUCCUCCGUCAACAGGCCGCAUGUAAAUCUAGAAUGGACUCUGUAUGAUAGCACUACCGGAAAGGCGGUGUCUAAUUACAAGCCUCAAAGAUUUUCAGUCUUCAACUCCAAGACUUGGUCCGGCGAUAGGUAUUCCAAAGAUAGUAGAGCUUUCACAGCUCAAGGAGGGGUGGUGUUUGCAGGAGAUGAGUAUGGACAGCCCACAACAUGGAGGCUCAACAGAGAUUUACAAGGACAAACCGUGAACUGGGUUGUGAAAGGUGACAUCUGCUUGGCCUAUUUCCCAAAUACAUACAGAUCUUCACAUUUUGACAUUGCAAAUCACCAAUUUUGCCAACUGGUUCAGUUUCCACUAGUACAAUCCACACCCAACUGAGCCUUUUCUCAGUCAACGAAAGAAGGGGUUCUCUUUUUCAUGGGCAAGCUUGUUGUUUUAUUUCAAGAUUUAAUUGUAGUUGAUGACAUAUAUUGCUUAUAUUGUAUGCGUCUACGAGAAAUAAUACUUUGAAAUGUAAGUUCUUAUAGUAGUGAGAGUAUAUUUCCGCCGUAUUGUUUAUAUAACGGGGAUGUUGCAGAGCUGUGCACAAAAACUUGGCUCUUACCAUGCUCUGAGCUCUCGAAAAGUUUGUUGUUAUGAAGUCUCUCAUAAAAGAGAUAAGAAAGCCAAAUUCCUGACAUUCAUUGCCCUGCAUAUGCAUGUAUAUCUCAGCUCAAAAUGUCUGAUAUAUAAUAUUUUCCAAGUUGAUUUGAGCAACAAGGAGGAGGUCUGUUUAGUGUCCAAUUAUUCUACGAGAAGAAUGAAACAAUUAUAAGUAAUACAAUCUCGGCAAUUUGUGCUACUGCUUGUAUAAAGUUCUCAAAUUGCUGUGACGAUCAUACUCCUCGACGAGGGUAAUUUCAAACCCAAUUUCAAUUCUUACAAUAUUUUUUCAAAUUGUAUCUGAUUUUUAAUCAUAUCCUUUCUAUUUUUAAAUAACCCUAUUUUCUU